GACAGCAAAGACAUUUUCUUAUCUAAUACUGGAAGAAUUCAAGGUUAUAGAAGUACAUGGAGGCAAUCAAAAUCUCUGUGCUAUAAAGAAAUUGACCUUUACCCUCAGUAUGUUUGGGUUUUCACUGCCUAGUCUUUCUUAUGGGACAAAUAAAUACCUGAUCCUUUCCAUGCAUUCCUACUCUUCUCAUGCUUUUCAUUGUAACCAGGAAAAGUGGUGAUUCAGCUGCAAAAUGGAUCCUUCCUGCCAUUUAGGAAGCUCUUUGAAAUGCUCAUCAAGACCGGCUUUUGGGUAAACAGGAGUCGUGUCUGGGACCCUUGAUGGGCACAGAUUAGGACGUAACAGGAAUUUCCUAAACCGCUGCCGCCCUCUUGAUUCGUAAAACUGAAGCUAAACUCACUCACAUGCCGUUUGAAGAGAGAGUAAGAGGAGAAGAGGAUGGAUAAAAGGCUUUCAGAGCACAGGAUUUUAACCCCAGCUGUUCUUCACUUCAUCAGAGGACAUGUCUAAGGCUGUUGGACUGUGAACCCUAUACCCUCUUAAAGGACAUAAACCCCAGGACAACCUUCUGAUUGGUCUGUUGAGUUUCACUUUGAGCCAUGAUUCGAAGGUUAUCACAUACUUUUUAGUUUCUUUUAAGACCCAGAGUCAGUAUUUGCUCUGAGGGACACAGUGCUGAGUACAUCCCCACAUUCUCCAGUGGACCUUCCUAUACUGCUGCCAUCAUGGGUGAGUGGGGCUUCCUCGGCGGACUCUUCGAUAACCUCCAGGCUCACUCGCCGAUGCUUGGGCGUUUCUGGCUCUUGCUCAUGCUCGUCUUUAGGAUCCUGAUCCUGGGAACUGUGGCCAGUGACCUGUUUGAGGAUGAACAGGAGGAGUUCGCCUGUAACACCCUCCAGCCGGGAUGCAAACAGGUGUGUUACGACAUGGCCUUCCCCAUCUCCCAGUACAGGUUCUGGGUGUUUCACAUCGUCCUCAUCGCCACGCCGUCCAUGCUGUUCCUCAUGUACGCCAUGCACCACCACAACAAGAAGGACAGUCGCUCCAAAUCCAGCCACAGCAGCAGCCAGGUGUACAGAGAAGAACUUCACAUUCGGAGGCUCUACGUCAUCAACGUGGCCUUCCGUUUGGUGGCGGAGGUAGGGUUCCUGGUGGGCCAGUGGUUGCUCUACGGGUUCAAGGUGGAGGCCCAGUUCCCCUGCAGUCGCUUCCCUUGCCCCUACACCGUCGACUGCUUCACCUCACGCCCUGCAGAGAAGACAGUCUUCCUCUGUUUUUACUUCAUCGUAGGACUGAUCGCAGCCCUUUCCAGCUUAGCGGAGCUUUUCUACAGCUCUGCCAAAUGGUUUUGUUCCAACCAGGAGGCCCCGGAGCGCUCCUGCGUCUGCCAGAACCUCGACAACCACAAGCACGAAGAGGUGGCGUUAACACUGGAGGAGAAGCCCCAAGGAAAGACGCUUUCGGAGAGUGUACCCAGCAGUCUGAGGUUAAAGAGGGGAUCCCUGAGGAGCAGCGCCAGCAGGAAGAUGUCCAGCAUCGGCUCCAAACCCAGGUCCGGGAGGUUUGUAAGCACCAAGACCCUCAUGGUGUGAGACCACGCUUACCUAAGCAUUCUACACACACCACCGCUUCUGUCGUGAUUAGACUUUGGAUUUUGGAUACUAUUUUACUUCAAGUAUUUCACUGUUAAUGAACGUUUUUUUUAAUUUUUAUAAUUAGAACAUCUUAAGGAAGUUCUUGAUAGGGUCAUAAGACCAGGAAAUGACACACCAGAUGGUUUUGAUAAGACUCACUCAAGACGUUGUUGACUUGUUUGGUCUGACUAAUCAUUACAGACCAUAAACAGUAGAAGAGAGGAAAGGGAAAAAAACACUGGAUUAUACUUGAACUUGUUUAACAGCUACUUCAAACUCCCGCUGGUCUGUACAAUCCAGUCCACGCCUCUGAGGAUAGACCAAAGCACUUUGAUUAAUGGAGUUUUAAAAGACACAUUUGCACAAACCUUAGUGGUUUUGAUCUAGUAAAAAUAGUUCUAGGCUUUUCAGGAUUAAAAAUUCUAAUUGUUUUAAAUGUUUUAUUUCUGGAAUAUAUGUCAGAUUCUGACCAAAAAUUAAUAAUUUUAAACCACAAGUAACAUCUAAUUUCUUUAGCUCUCAGGAAAAAAAAAAUCAGAUAUUAAAUGUACAAAACAUUCUGAUUUGACAUUUAUCAUGAUAGUUAUUGAUGACUGACAAGUGUCCCAAUACAUUUGUCCAUAUAGUGUCCAUUGUUUAAGAUGCAUUAUCAGUCUGAAUGUGAAUUAAUACAAGUCACUUAAAACCAGUGUCACUGUUGAAUCUUCCCGCUGGUCUGAGUUCAGUUUAUUUCGAAUAUGCAACAAAAUAAACAAACUAAUCCUACUUUAGUCCUUAGAAAUAGAACAGACUGACAAAAAACAUGAAAAACUUCUACAUAUACAUGAAAACAAAAUAUAAUUCAAGUCCUUAUCAGUUCCUUUGAAUCCUGAUCAGAUUUCUCUGUUGAAAAGUAUGAGUGAUUGAUUUAGUGCUGCUAGUUUUCAGCAAUGUAGCAGCGUUACCAGUUUGACAUCGUUGUUUCGUGAUGAAAGUGUCGGGUAAACACACCAGCAUGAAUAAAAGGUAUUGAUCUGAAGUGUAUGAUUCCUAUGAUUAGACAGAACCAGAAACCAUGAUCUCAUCCCUGGUUCUGAGUCAUUAAUGAGUUUGGGUUGGACUUUCCUUCCU